UGAUGACACAAGAUUCAAUCAUAAUAUAAUACCCAGCACUAUAGGGAAGCAGUUGAUAUUUUCUCAACCUCGUACAUAUUAUCUUCAAUUUUUGCACUAGCUACUUUACUUCAUUACUUAAAUAUUAUUUGCAGAAAGAUGGGUUCAAUUAAAUCGCAUGCAGUAUGUCUUCCAAGCCCAGCACAAGGUCAUAUUAACCCCAUGAUGCAACUGGCCAAGCUCUUGCACUCUAGAGGCUUCCAUAUAACCUUUGUCAACACCGAGUUCUAUCAUAGACGAUUUAUACGGUCUAGAGGGGAAGAAGCUGUUAAGGGUCUGCCUCAUUUCCGGUUCGAAGCCACACCCGAUGGGCUGCCACCUUCCGAUUCUGAUGCGACUGUUAAGUAUCAGAAGAUUAUUGAAGAUGAAUUUAAACAUUGCGGAUGGAAUUCUAUUUUGGAAGCUUUAUCCGAAGGUGUGCCUUUAAUUUGUUGGCCAUUCUUUGGUGAUCAACAAACGAAUUGUCGAUAUGUGUGCACCACGUGGGGCAAUGGCAUGGAAAUCAAUCCAGACAUAAAGCGUGAAAAUGUGGAAGAUAUUGUUAAAGAGAUGAUGGAAGGAGAUAAUGGGCAAAAAGUAAGGCAAAAGGCAUUGGAAUGGAAGAAGAAAGCUGAAGCUGCCAUUAGCCUUGGAGGAUCUGUUGUUACCAGCUUUGAUAGGAUGAUAAAUGAGGCCUUAAGUCAUGGCCGAGUAGUAAAAUCAUAAUACAAUUGUGUUGUAUGUUGUGUGCAUUUUUUUUACAAAAUAAAUUAUUAAAAAUUAGAUUUUUUUGUUGUUGUUGAAAUUAGGAGAAUUCCGAAAUUUCUAUAACCUCAACUUUUGGAAUUCAACCAAAACUUCAUUAGAAAAUGUUAUAAUUUAAAUACACUUAAUAAAUUCAUUAUUCUAUAUUAAA